UCCCUAUAUAUACCUGGAGAGCCCAUCCCAAUCGUUCCUUCCCUCACCCCCCAUUUGUGAACAGCCUAGAACUUAAUUCCCCAAUCCUCAUCAUCUUGUUCAUCAAUAGGUCGGUAUACGUCUUGGCCCGCGUCGGAGAUCCGAAACGUGCAUCCGUGAUGCGACUUCCGUUUUCGUCCCAGAUGAUAUGAACUACGUGACCCUUUUCUCCAGGGCUCUGCUCUCCCAUUCGGUCUCGGUCGUGUUGUUGUACUGGUUUUACGUGUUUUCAAUAGUUUUGCUGUAGCGGGUUGGCCGGGUCGGUCCAUUAGGACGGAAACUAGUCUCUUUUGGAUCCAUUCGUACACGGUUCGGUUCCGUGACUUGUUUAGCUGGUUAGGAGAAGAACGGAGGAUGAUCUCGUGUUCACAGGGAAGCUCGGGGUCAGACGCGUCCGUGGACGAGAAGAAGAGGAGAAGGAUGAUUUCGAACAGGGAGUCGGCGAGAAGGUCGAGGAUGAAGAAGCAGAAGCAGUUGCAGGAUUUGACUACCGAGAUAGGCACACUGGAGAGACAGAAAAAUGAGAUUGUUCAGGCUUGCAGUGCCAAGACGCAGAACCACCUUGUCCUCCGGUCGGAGAACGAAGCCCUCCUGGCCGAGAAAAUGGCGCUGACCAAUCGUCUCAACAACAUCAAUUCCGUCGUCUGGAAGUUUAACGAAAGUGGCUGGUCCCUUAGGGACAGGUCCGAGGUUCAGGAGCCGUGGCAAGUCCACAGCCCGUCGCAGCAGAUCAUGACUUCGUGCACUGACAUGUUUCGUAUUUAGAGCAUAGCAUUGGUGCAAUGAACUUUAGUACGAUCUCCGGUACCUUAUUUACGGGGAUCCAUUACCGUUAUUAUGUCCAAUGUAUGACAUCCUUUGUGUUCAUCCCAGUAAAACCUUUUCUAGUGUAACGGUUUUUUGUCAAA